AUGAUUCAUCUGAAAGCGACAGUAGCGAUACUUCUACCACCACCUGCAUCCCAAUUUCACUUGAAAAAUCUACUGAGAAUUGUUUCAGCUCACUUUGAUGUCGUUCCAUCAUCGCAAGAAAUGGGCAAGCUCAUUGUAGAUUAUCUAAUAUCGGAAGGAUAUAGAGAGGCAGCAGAACUGCUAUGUCAGGAAUCUGGGUUGGAGUUGCCGAAAGAUGACAUAAAAAAUCUUGACGCACGGAUGAAUAUCAGAUGUGCAAUAAUAGAAGGACGGCUUGACGACGCUCUGCGGCUGGUCAAGGAACUAUGUCCAACACUUUUGGACGAAAAUCGUGAAGUGCGCUUUCAUCUCAUGCAACAGAAUCUCAUUGAGAUGAUCAGGAGAGGGGAAAUGGAGAAAUCGCUGGAGUACGCUCAAGAGAAUCUCUCAAAUGAUAACACCUUGACGGAUUCUCAAUUGGAGAGAUUGGAGAAAACGUUUGCAUUGUUAGCUUUCGAGAAACCCGCUGAGAGUCCCUUUGGAAAGCUGUUGGAUCAGUCUCAACGCCAGAUGGUAUGA